UAUAUGACAUAUCAGCACGUGAUUUUCUGUUGUCAUUAAUCAUGGCAGCCGAAGGAGACUUCCUGACGCGCUAUCGAGCAGUGUCAAAUAAACUGAAAAAGCGAUUCCUUCGGAAACCCAACGUCGCUGAAGCCAGCGAGCAAUUCGGUCAGUUAGCCAAAGAGUUGAAACAACAGGACUGUCUUCAGUAUGCGGCGUUCUGUAACUUGGCCAUGGCUCGACCCAUACUUGCCAGAGGUGAGGUGCCUUGCAUUCAACCACCACCUUUGUGUAGGUGCGAGCAGACCCUGUUCAACGCCCCAGGAGAGGCCCUGGCGCUGACUGACGCCGCCCGCCUCUUCCUGCUCUCCGAGCGGGAGAACCGGGCACUCCAGGCCCCAGGCUUCGAUGAGCACCUGCAGGCCGCACUCAACUGCUACAGCUUCGCCAUCAAGGUGUACAUUGAGAUGAACCAGCCCGUGAUGGCUGCUAGUUUGUGUCUGGAACUGGGUAAUGCUCUCAAGGAGAUGAACCGGCCCGGUGAGGCCAUCGUGCACUUCCAGCGUGCGUCGGAGCUGCAGACCCAGAUGCCCAUGGAGUCCCUGCUGUCCCAGUGGGAGAUGGCCUCCUGCAAGAUACUCACGCGUGAUUAUGACGGUGCGCUGGCCGUGCUGUCGGAGAUGCAGCUCACGUGUCAGGAGAGAGGCCUGCUCCUGCCCGGCACCAACACCCCCGUUGGGGCAUUCAUGGACCUGAUGGCCAAGUGUGAGAUCUCCAGGGUGCUCCUGCUCAUGUUGCUAGAGCCCCCGCCUCAGAAGCUGCUUCCUGAGCAUGCCCAGACGCUGGAGAGGUACGCCUGGGAGUCCUUUGACUCGCACAGUCAAGUGACCUUCCUUCCAGAAAAUAUUUUCCUGCUCCUCCAGUCUGUUGUGAUGGCCUGUCAAGAGAAAGACACAGAGUCCCUGAAGUCUCUGCAGACAGAGCUGUGGCCUCUUUUCUCAGCCGAGGAGAAUCACCUUCUCCAUUUGGUGGUGCAGGAGAGAAUCACCCCCUCUGGCCAGGGCGUUUAGUUUAACGCAUCCCACAACCCCACCCCCAGAAUCAUGGUCAAAGGAACAUUCCAGCCUCUCUGCCUGGUGCAGAUGGAACACUUUUUUUUGUUUUUGUUUUGUUUUGUUUUGUUUCUACAAUGUCAGUUUACUAAAAUCACUAAGUUUGAUUCGGAAUGUGACCUCCUUACAUGUCUUGGUUAAAUGAGGUGCGUCAUCUGUGGUCCAAUCAUGAGUUUUGCACAAGAUGGCCGCCCCCCACCCUCCCCCGGUCGAGGCUGUCUGCUUGUAGCGGAGCGCCUCCAUCUGGCGAGCGCCUGCACUGUGCUCAGUAACGUCUUGUUUUGCUCAGCCUGCUGUAACUGAGCUGUGAAGCUAUGGAGAUUAUAUAUAUUUAUUCAAAGUUUUAUGUUUGAAGGAUAUGCUUAUAUAAAUGUAAGGUGUAAAUACAAGAGUUAAUAAACAAACAAACCACUGCAAA